UGUAUUUUACAUGACAGUCAACGGCGAUUGACGGUAGUCCAUCAGCUCAGUGGCCGUUGAUGGACCAUCCCUAUGAAGAAACAGGGUUACAAUGGGACAGAGUACCUCGGAACAAGAGGUCCAAGGAGACAUUCCAGAGGACGGGUUUAAUAACAUCAAGACAUUUGUGGAGGAAGAGCUACAGACGAGCAUGAUGGUGGGGAUGGUAAUUGGUGCAGGUAUCGCCAUAGUCCUCAUUGCCAUCCUCAUCUUCUUCAUCUUACGGAGGAUCCAGCUUCGAAACCUUGAAGCUCAGGAGGCACCCAAAUACCGCUUUCGCAAGAGGGACAAAGUCAUGUUCUACGGACGGAAGAUCAUGCGUAAAGUCUCCCAGUCUACCUCUUCCCUGGUGGGUACGUCCUCCUCCUCUCGGCCACGCCUAAAGAAGAAGCAGAAGAUGCUCAACAUUGCCAAAAAGAUCCUGCGCUUUAAGAAGGAGGUGCCCACCCUUCAGGCCAAGGAACCUCCACCCUCAGUGCUGGAGGCCGACCUUACCGAAUUUGAUGUGGCCAACUCCCACCUCCCCUCUGAGGUGCUCUACAUGCUCAAAAAUGUCCGUGUGCUGGGCCACUUUGAGAAGCCCCUCUUCCUGGAGCUGUGCAAACACAUGGUGUUUGUGCAAUUCCAACAAGGAGAGUAUGUCUUCAGGCCAGGCCAGCCCGACAGCAGCAUCUACGUGGUUCAGGAUGGAAAACUAGAAUUGUGCCUUACUGGAACGGAUGGCAAAGAAAGCGUGGUGAAGGAGGUUUACCCAGGAGACAGUGUCCAUAGCCUCCUCAGCAUUCUGGAUGUCAUCACAGGCCACCAGAAGCCUUACAGAACAGUGUCAGCACGGGCUGCAGAGGUUUCCACUGUUCUCCGUUUACCUGUAGAGGCCUUCCUGUCAAUAUUUGAGAAGUAUCCAGAGAGUCUAGUGCGAGUUGUACAGAUUAUCAUGGUUCGUCUCCAAAGAGUAACAGUCCUGGCCCUGCACAACUAUCUGGGUCUGACCAAUGAGCUCUUCAGUCAUGAAAUGCAGCCCUCGCGUCUGCCACCUCAGUCACCCCACGCUACUCGCACCAGUCCUGUCCGCCAUGGCAAGCGCUUUGGCAGCCUGACAGUGUCUGAGGAGCAUCGGGAAGCUGCCAUUAAGGGUGAAGUUGCAGGAGGAGAACAAGGGAAAGAUGGAACAGUGCCAACUCUUAGUAGGACAAUCUCCAUGCCUGUGGAUAUUGCUGGGAUGCAGAAAAGUCUGAGAUCAGACUUUGACAUGGCAUAUGAAAGAGGAAGGAUUUCCGUCUCUGCAGAAGAUGGCAACACUCCUCCUACCUUUACUCGGUCCGUAUCCCAGGACCAGCGUGAGAGGAGAGUGACAGUAGAUGAAGUUCCAUCAGGGAUCUAUCUUUAUCCAGAGGAAGAGCCAGCCGUGGAUAAUAUUUUUACACCUGUAACCAGUCGAUCCAGCGCUGCUCUGUUCGAAGAAGCUCAGAAAGAGGUUCUCAAACUCAUGAGGAUUGAGGACCCAACCUUGUUAAACGGGAGAGUGACUCUGCAUCAUGCAAAGGCUGGAGCUGUCUUAGCAAGACAGGGAGACCAGGACGUGAGUCUGCACUUUGUUCUGUCUGGUUGUCUGCACGUCUACCAGCGGAUGAUCAACAAGCAGGAAGCCGUCUGUUUGUUUGUAACCCACCCGGGAGAGAUGGUGGGUCAACUCGCUGUGCUCACUGGAGAGCCCCUCAUUUUUACCAUCAAGGCUGUUCGAGACUGUACUUACCUGAAGAUCUCAAAGUCAGAUUUCUAUGAGAUCAUGAGGGAGCAACCCAGUGUGGUGCUGAGUGCGGCCCAUACGGUGGCCAUCCGCAUGUCUCCUUUUGUCAGGCAGAUGGACUUUGCUAUUGACUGGAUGGCUGUAGAAGCUGGCAGAGCCCUCUACAGACAGGAUGACCAGUCAGACUGCACCUACAUUGUUCUGAAUGGUCGCCUGCGUUCAGUCAUUCGCAAGGCAAAUGGAAAGAAAGAACUGGUGGGGGAAUAUGGAAGAGGAGACCUCAUUGGCGUGGUGGAGGCCUUGACCAGGCAGCCAAGAGCCACCACCGUCCAUGCUGUGAGAGACACAGAGCUGGUUAAACUGCCUGAAGGAACACUCAACAACAUCAAAAGACGAUAUCCACAGGUGGUGACAAGGCUGAUCCACUUGUUAGGACAGAAGAUUCUUGGUAACCUUCAGCAGGGUCGUGGGCCAUUCUCAGGAUCAGCCUUCAGUCUGCCCAGUAUGGCAACAAGUGCAGAUGUCACCAACCCUGCCAGCAACCUCUCCACUGUGGCUGUGCUGCCCGUCUGUGAUGAAGUGCCGAUCAACGCGUUCAACCUGGAGCUCAGCCAUGCCCUCAGUGCCAUUGGGCCCACUCUGCUAUUAACCAGUGACAUAAUCAGAGAGCGACUCGGUGCUUCUGCUUUGGACAGUAUACAUGAGUAUCGUCUCUCCGGCUGGCUGGCCCAGCAGGAGGACAUCAAUCGUAUUGUCCUGUACCAGACUGACAACAGCAUGACCCCAUGGACACAGCGCUGCAUCCGCCAGGCUGACUGCAUUCUCAUUGUUGGCCUGGGUGACCAGGAACCUACGCUGGGAGAACUGGAACAGAUGCUGGAAAACACAGCGGUCCGGGCUCUGAAGCAGCUGGUUCUUCUGCACAAAGAGGAUGGACCAGGCCCCUCAAGGACGGUCGAGUGGCUCAACAUGCGGAGCUGGUGCUCAGGGCAUCUCCACCUCAAGUGUCCCCGCAGGGUCUUCUCCAGACGCAGUCCCAGCAAACUGAGGGAGGUUUAUGAGAAGGUGUUUGAGAAAACAGCAGACAGACACAGUGAUUUCUCUCGGCUGGCCCGAGUCCUGACUGGAAACAGCAUCGCCCUUGUGCUGGGAGGAGGCGGAGCUAGAGGUUGUUCACAUGUGGGUGUGAUAAAAGCUAUGGAGGAAGCAGGGAUUCCUAUUGACAUAGUGGGUGGGACCUCGAUUGGUUCAUUCAUUGGUGCACUGUAUGCUGAGGAGAGGAGUGCCGUCCGAACCAAACAGAGAGCCAGAGAGUGGUCCAAGGCAAUGAAUUCGGUGUUUAAAACAGUCCUGGACCUCACCUACCCCAUUACCUCCAUGUUCUCUGGUUCUGCCUUCAACACCAGCAUCUAUAAAGUGUUCCAGGACAAGCAAGCUGAGGACCUGUGGCUGCCAUACUUCAAUGUCACCACUGACAUCACAGCCUCAGCCAUGCGUGUGCACCAGGAUGGCUCUCUGUGGCGCUAUGUACGGGCGAGCAUGACCCUCUCGGGGUACCUGCCGCCUCUCUGCGACCCCAAAGAUGGCAACUUGCUAAUGGACGGUGGCUACAUCAACAACCUGCCAGCGGACAUUGCAAGGAACAUGGGUGCCAGAACAGUCAUCGCCAUCGACGUGGGUAGCCAAGAUGAGACUGACCUCUGUAACUAUGGCGACUGCCUGUCUGGCUGGUGGUUACUGUGGAAACGGAUCAAUCCCUGGGCAGAGAAAGUGAAGGUUCCAGACAUGGCAGAGAUCCAGUCACGGUUGGCCUACGUGUCUUGUGUGCGGCAGUUGGAGGUGGUGAAGAAGAGCGCCUACUGCGAGUACAUCAGACCUCCCAUCGACCGUUUCAAAACCAUGGACUUUGGCAAGUUUGAUGAGAUCUAUGAUGUGGGCUUCCAGCACGGGAAGUUACUGUUCACCGGCUGGGCUCGAGGGGACAUUAUCGAGAACAUGCUGAAGGACCACCGUUCCGCCGACUACAAUGACAGCAAGAGAACUGACACCUGCACGUGUCCAGGAGCUGACUUCACUGACCUUGCAGAGAUCGUAUCCAGGAUAGAGCCGGUCCAAAGCUACGUAGCGACAGAAGCCGAGGAGUCGGACUGUCUGACGGAGUACGAGGAAGACGGGAUGGACACGGUGAGAGAGGAGGAAGGGGAGGAGGAGGAGUAUGAGGCAGAGGAUCCUGAGGACCACUCCCCUGGAGAGUGGGGACAGAAUGGAGUCUUUCAGACUGAUGAAGAGAAAUCUGUGAGGCAACGCAGGAAACUUACCAGUGACUCCAACACCUCCGAAGUGUCGGACUGCUGACAGAGGGCCACGGAGGAGUAGGACGAUAAGGACAAGGGUCACGCUGUGGGUCCAUAAACUGUCGAGGCUCGAGACGUGGACGUCACACUCAGCCCCUGCGACGACUGAAACUCUUGUUUUAUUUCUGGAGAAACCGCUUUUCAUCCUCUAAGCUGUUGAAUUUUUUUUUUUGCAUCAAGUGGCUUUCUCCGGAUUUAUACAGAUAGGAACAGACUUUGAAGGUUUACGCCAACCAGAGUUUUCUCCCAUCAUCACUGACACAUUGCCAGAGUCCCUCCCACAACAACAACAACAAAAUAAAAAAAAAAAAAACAACACUAUCAACUUGAAAUUCAACAAUUCAAAUCACUUGCAUGUCCCAUCUGUGUCUCCGAAUCUUUAAACGUCGGUACAGCCUCGCUGACGACAUUACAUGGUCUUCAUUUGUUGUUCAGAUGAGUGUGUGUUUGUUACCCGUGUGUCAGGAUGACUGGUACAGAUGAGCAAAACUGUGAUUUUAUUAUUUUUUUUAAUUGUAGCAUGACACUGAAAGAAAAUUCACAGACAGAAGAACUGUAGUUACUAAAAGUCGUGUAGGUUUAGCAUAGAUGUUGGGUAGGGGAAGGUAUAGAAAGAGGGCAUGGUUGUAUAAACACCAAAGUAGAUUUCUGUUGACUGAACUAGAGGUUGGACCAGAAAGCAGGACGAGGAUGGACUGAAAUGAGGAAAGAGGAAAAGACAUGCAUGUUAGCUGCAGAAAGUUGAAAAUACAUGGAGACGAAAACGUGCAGACGAGGACGGAGAUGGAUCAGUGAGCAUAGUGUUAUUUUAAUUUAAUUUAUUUAUAAUUCACGCACAAUAAACUAGAGUGAACUGGAUGCACUGUAGGCAGACUAAACCUAAUAGAAGACGGUCGUUAGGGAUGAAUGAGAUUAUCGCAGUGAGUGGAUGUCACUGUGGCUGUGUGCUUGAAUUGUUGUUUUUUUUUUUUUUUUGUAGUUUGUUUUUGAAAUGAUGCCAGAUAAUUACGAUGCCUUUUCAACUACUGUUCAACCCGCUCAGAGUGGACAUGACUGUGGUGCGAUCACUCAACCGACACUACACAACACAGGAGUUUGUGCUCGCCUCUGCUUGCACAAGGUCACGCGUACAGUACUCAGGGUUCCUGCGUAUAACUUGACAUUGCAACAAAAACAACAACAAAAAACAACAUCCUCUGCUGGUAUGUAUGAGAGCGUAUCUCAGACUGUAGUCUCCAAAACCAACACAUUAUUGUGGAGAAGUGAUUUUGAUAGCACGCAGAAAUCCUGAGUAAACCUGAACCUCCAACGGGCGGAUAUUCACCUCGUCUAACACUUAGCUCACAUGGACCUCUUGUAUAAAUUGUAACAAGAUUAUAUUAUAAUAUACACAAUGUUAAUAUUCAUAUAUGUAUAUGAGGUGGAAAUUUGUAAGUUGAUGCUUUGCUGCAAAAACAAGGGAACCUAAUCAAAAAAAAAAAAAAAAAAAAAGGGUUGUUCGCUUAACAUCAAUUAUGUUGUAAUGGACAGUUGCCAGACUUGCUUUUUUUUUAUUUAUACAUAUUAACAAAUGGCUUUUUAAAUUGGGAACGAAGGGGGGUGGUGUCUUAUUUUACUUAACCCGGCUUUAGCUGUUUUGCACUGAAAUAUUUGAAGUAUUCCUUGCUCAGAAGAUGUUUGGUUUAACAUUUGCCAUCCACCUUGAUAUGCCAAGGGAAUCUAAAAGAAUAAAAAGAGGUUAUAAUUUAAUAUGCAUAUUGGUAAAUAAACGUAAUAUGCAUCCA